AUGGAAAAUGAAAAUCAUGUUAAAGACUUGGAGUUUUCCGAAGCUUUACAUGACCAUAAAAACGAACGAUUAAGUUUUAUUUCAAAAGCUAUUUCAAAAGAUAAAGCUGCGUAUGAAAGUGUUGUUAAUAAUUAUAUGAAUUAUUGGGCAGGAAAGGACCCAAUGACGGAAAGCGAAAAUGAUAAAGAAGCCAGAAAAUCUAAUUAUACAAAUUUAACAAAUUCUUAUUAUAAUAUUGCUACUGAUUUUUAUGAGUAUGGUUGGGGUGAUUGUUUUCAUUUCUGUCGUUUCUAUCCGGGAGAAACUUUUUAUCAAGCAAUUGCACGUCAUGAACAUUAUUUGGCAAUGCAAUUGAAUGUGAAGCCAGGAAUGAAAAUUUUGGAUGUAGGUUGUGGAGUUGGUGGUCCAGCAAGAGAAAUUUGUCAUUUUACAGGUGCCCACAUAACUGGCAUCAACAAUAAUGAUUAUCAAAUUCUUCGUGCAAAAAACUAUGCAGAAAAGGUCGGAUUAAAUGAUAAAACAGCUUUUGUUAAGGGUGAUUUUAUGUGUAUGCCAUUUGAAGAUAAUAGCUUUGAUGCUGUCUAUGCAAUAGAAGCUACAUGUCAUGCACCAAAAUUAGAAGGUGUGUAUGGUGAAGUGUUCCGUGUUUUGAAGCCUGGUGGUACAUUUGCUUUUUAUGAAUGGUGUUUGACUGAUAAUUAUGAUUCCACAAAUCCUGAACAUAGAAGAAUUGUUCGUGGAAUUGAGUAUGCUAAUGGUAUACCAGAGCUGUUUUCAAGCAGUCAUGCAGAACAAGCUCUCAAAAAUGUAGGAUUUGAACUUGUUUUAUCCAAAGAUUUGGCUGAUAAUGAUGACCCUAUUGCUUGGUACUAUCCCUUAGAAGGAGAUCCUAGAAAAGCACAAACUUUUUGGGAUUUUUUUACAAUUUUUAGAAUGACUAAAUUGGGAAAAUUUUUUACAAGAUCAUUUGUUUCUACACUUGAAAAAACAGGCAUAAUGCCUAAAGGAACGCUUCAAACACAAUAUGUGUUGGAAACAGCUGGUGAUAGUUUGGUUGAAGGUGGUUAUAAAAAGAUAUUUACUCCAAUGCAUUUGAUGACUUGCAAAAAACCAUUAAAAUAA